AGAAGCUUAUAUGAAAUUUCUUCCUUCGCAUAUUUAUUGUGCAGCGCUCCGACGGCAACUUCGAUCGGACGGCAUUCGUUCGUUUGCCAGACUGGCCUGCUCGAUUUGGAAAAAGUUGCAGGAACUUUAGUUACAGAAAGCAAGAAAUCUUUUUCUUUUUCCUGCCAAUAGAUCUAUAGCCAUUAUUUUUAUUCGGCUCUCGGCAUUUUUUUUCAGCUCCCUCUGCAUAGAACGGGGGGCUUAAUCCACAAAAUUAUCACGCAGGGCCCUGUCAGCUGCUGAACGUACCCUCUUUUGGCCGUGCGGGGAAGAAAGUUUAUAUCUGUAUAUCUCCGCAGGGCGAUCGGAGCUUUAAUCUAAAGGGACAUAUAAAAACAUUUGUAAUGCGAGGGCUUGACGUGUAAACUUUGAGGAAUUUUGCAUAAAUUUGAAGGAAUUGGAGAUAAAAUUGAAGGCAAAAUUUAGGUUUAAUUUGAAAGAAUUUGGGAUAAAUUUGAUUGGCAGUAUCUGGUUAGGUCAUUGGAUCAACACAGCCUCCUGCAAUGGCGGCUCCUGUAAACAUUCUUGUAGGUUCUCAAGUAUGGGUGGAAGAUCCUAAAGUGGCCUGGAUUGAUGGAGAAGUUCUGGAGAUCAAUGGUCAGCAGGUUAAAGUUCGGAUGGUUGAUGGAAAGUUGGUGACUGUAAACUUGUCAAAUGUAUACCCAAAGGAUUCUGAAGCAUUGCCAGGUGGAGUGGAUGAUAUGACAAAACUUGCUUAUUUGCAUGAGCCAGGAGUUCUACAAAAUUUGGCAUCUAGAUAUGAAUUAAAUGAAAUUUAUACCUACACUGGAAGUAUAUUAAUUGCCAUCAAUCCUUUUAGAAGAUUUCCUCACUUGUAUGACAGUCAAAUGAUGGAACAAUACAAAGGGGCAACAUUUGGAGAGUUAAGUCCUCAUGUGUUUGCUGUGGCAGAUGCUGCAUACAGGGUGAUGAUCAAUGAGGGGAUAAGUCAGUCCAUUCUAGUUAGUGGGGAAAGUGGGGCAGGUAAAACAGAAUCCACCAAAAUGCUUAUGCGUUAUCUUGCUUAUAUGGGAGGCCGAGCAGCAACUGAGGGGAGAUCAGUGGAGCAGCAAGUGUUAGAAUCAAAUCCUGUUCUGGAAGCUUUUGGAAAUGCAAAAACUGUUAGGAAUAACAAUUCCAGUCGUUUUGGUAAAUUUGUUGAGCUACAAUUUGACAAAAAUGGAAGAAUAUCAGGAGCUGCUGUUAGAACAUACCUGCUAGAAAGGUCUCGUGUUUGCCAAAUUUCAGAUCCUGAGAGAAAUUAUCAUUGUUUCUAUCUUCUCUGUGCUGCACCCCCAGAGGAAAUUGAAAAAUAUAAGCUCGGACAUCCAAGCUUGUUUCAUUAUUUGAACCAAUCCAACUGUUAUCAACUUGAUGGUGUUAAUGAAGCUGAAGAGUACCUUGCAACACGAAGAGCAAUGGAAGUUGUUGGAAUCAGUACUGAAGAACAAGAUGCAAUAUUUCGAGUUGUGGCAGCUAUUCUCCAUUUAGGUAAUGUGGAUUUUACUAAGGGGAAGGAUAGCGAUUCUUCUAAGCCAAAAGAUGAGAAAGCUAUGUUUCAUCUGAAGAUGGCAGCUGAAUUAUUCAUGUGUGAUGUUAAGGGUCUAGAAGACUCUCUAUGUAAACGUGUCAUUGUGACUCGAGAUGAAAGCAUUACAAAAUCUCUUGAUCCAGUUGCUGCAGUUACCAGCCGAGAUGCAUUGGCAAAAACAGUAUACUCACGAUUAUUUGACUGGCUGGUAAAUAAAAUAAAUAAUUCGAUUGGCCAGGACCCUAACUCAAAGACUCUAAUUGGAGUUCUUGACAUCUACGGUUUUGAAAGUUUUAAGAAUAACAGUUUUGAACAGUUCUGUAUCAAUCUUACAAAUGAGAAGCUGCAACAGCACUUCAAUCAGCACGUCUUUAAGAUGGAACAAGAUGAAUACACAAGAGAAGAAAUUGAUUGGAGCUACAUUGAAUUUGUUGACAAUCAAGAUGUUUUGGAUCUAAUUGAAAAAAAACCGGGGGGAAUUGUUGCUCUUCUGGAUGAAGCCUGCAUGUUUCCAAGAUCAACCCAUGAGACCUUUGCACAAAAGCUUUACCAAACUUUCAAGAACAAUAAGCGGUUCAGCAAACCAAAACUUUCCCGCACCGACUUCACAAUUUGUCACUAUGCUGGUGAUGUUACGUAUCAGACUGAUUUGUUCCUUGACAAGAACAAAGAUUAUGUUGUUGCAGAGCAUCAGGGUCUAUUAAAUUCUUCAAAAUGUUCCUUUGUUGCGGGUCUCUUUCCUGCUCUACCUGAGGAAUCUUCCAAAUCAUCAAAAUUUUCCUCCAUUUGUACACGUUUCAAGCAACAACUGCAAUCUCUCCUAGAGACACUAAGCUCAACAGAACCUCACUACAUACGAUGUGUGAAACCAAACAGUGUUCUAAAGCCAGGCAUUUUUGAGAACCACAAUGUUCUACAACAACUACGUUGUGGGGGUGUCAUGGAGGCAAUCAGAAUCAGCUGUGCGGGGUACCCUACAAGGCGAACAUUUGAUGAAUUUCUUGACCGUUUUGGUAUUCUUGCCCCUGAAGCCUUGGAUGUGAACUAUGAUGAGAAGACUGCAAAUAAAAUUUUACUAGAGAAAGUGGGUCUCCAAGGCUAUCAGAUAGGGAAAACAAAGAUUUUUCUGAGGGCUGGGCAGAUGGCAGAAUUGGAUGCUCGAAGAACUGAGGUAUUGGGAAAAUCAGCAAAAAUUAUCCAGCAGAAAUUUCGGUCGCAUCUUGCUCGAAAAGAAUUUCUUGCUUUGCGCAAUGCAGCCAUUCAUUUGCAGUCUUUAUGGAGAGGUAACCAAGCUCGUGAGCUCUUUAAAAACAUGAGAAGGGAGGCUGCUGCAAUUCGAAUACAAAAAUAUGUCCGCAGAUAUCAAGCUCACAAGGCUUACACACAGUUGCGAUUGUCAGCCAUUGUCAUUCAAGCAGGUUUACGUGCAAUGGCUGCUCGCAAUGAAUUUCGGUUUAGGUCUCAAACCAAAGCUUCAAUUAUUAUACAGACUGAAUGGCGUGCAUAUAGAGCUCACACAUACUAUAAGAAGUUAAAGGCGGCAGCCAUAACAUUCCAGUGUGCUUGGAGAGGAAGGGCUGGAAGAAAGGAGCUCAGAAAACUUAAGAUGGCUGCUAAAGAGACUGGUGCACUGCAAGCGGCAAAAACCAAGUUGGAGAAACAAGUAGAGGAGCUUACAUGGCGCUUGCAGCUGGAGAAGCGUAUAAGGGCUGACUUGGAAGAAUCAAAAUCACAAGAGACUGCAAAACUGCAAUCUGCUCUACAGGAGAUGGAAGCACAGGUUAGAGAAACCAAUAUAUUGUUAGAAAAGGAGAGAGAGGCAGCUAAAAAGGCUAUGGAGCAGGCUAAGACUGUCAUAGAGACUCCAGUUGUUGUUGUAGACACUGCAAAGCUCGAGAGUCUUACCAGUGAGAAUGAAAAGCUAAAGGCUUUGAUAAGUUCACUUGAGCAAAAAGCAGAUGAAGCUGAAAAGAAAGCAGAAGAGGUUGAGAAGAAAUAUGUUGAGUACCAAAAGCUGAGUGAAGAACGGCUUAGAAAGGCCAAGGAGGCAGAGUCAGAAAUUGAGAAGCUCAAGAAUACAUUACAAAGGUUUGAAGCUAAACUUUCAAAUGCUGAAUCUGAGGAUAAAGUUAUUCGUCAGCAAACAAUGGUCAAGUCACCUAUAAGGGCCUUUUCGGAACGCAUAAUCACUACAGUUACUCAGACUCUUGAAAAUGGCUAUCAUGAGCUUGAGGAACCUGAUACUGUAAAAUUUACUGUUGCCAGUGAGGUACCUGUCAUCAAGGAGCCUGCUGAAAUUGAGAAUAAGCCACCAAGGCCUCUCAACGACAUAGAGACCAAGCCACCAAGGCCACUUAAUGAUAUACAUGAAAGCAUAGACACACUUAUUAAGUGUGUCUCCCAAGAUAUUGGAUUCAGCCAAGGCAGGCCUGUUGCAGCAUGCAUUAUUUACAAGACACUUUUUCAUUGGCGAUCAUUUGAAGCUGAAAGAACCAGUGUGUUUGAUCGUAUUAUUCAGAUGAUUGGAUCCGCAAUUGAGAAUCAGGAAAACAACGAUGUUUUGGCCUAUUGGUUGUCAAAUACAUCAACUUUGCUUUUCUUCUUACAACGUACAUUGAAGGCAACUGGUGCAGCUGGAGUAACUCCGCAGAAGCGAAGAUCAUCUUCUACUUUACUUGGGAGAAUGGCUCAAGGUUUUCGAUCCUCACCAUCAGCCAUGGGCCUUCCUUUCGGCAUUGGUGGAUUAGAUGCUGUGCGCCAAGUGGAAGCAAAAUAUCCAGCUUUAUUAUUCAAGCAACAACUUACAGCAUAUGUGGAGAAGAUAUAUGGGAUUAUUCGUGAUAAUCUGAAGAAGGACAUAUCUGCCUUGCUUGGCCUGUGUAUACAGGCUCCAAGGACAUCAAGGGCAAGUAUGGUAAAGGCAUCUAGAUUGCAGGCAAAUGCAAAUGCACAACAGGUUCCCAACCACUGGCAAAGCAUUACCAAGGGCCUAACCAGUCUUCUCCAAACAAUGCGUGCAAAUUAUGUGUCAUCGGUUUUGGUCAAUAAAAUCUUCAUUCAAAUAUUUGCAUUCAUCAAUGUACAACUUUUCAACAGCCUUCUUCUACGUCGUGAAUGUUGCUCAUUCAGCAAUGGAGAGUAUGUUAAAGCAGGAUUAGCUGAUCUGGAGCUUUGGUGCUGUGAAGCAACAGAAGAGUAUGCUGGUUCAGCUUGGGAUAAACUCAUGCAUAUCAGACAAGCAGUGGGAUUUUUGGUUAUUCAUCAGAAACCAAAGAAAUCUCUGGAUGAAGUUACCCAUGAUCUUUGUCCGGUCUUGAGCAUACAACAACUAUAUAGAAUCAGCACCAUGUACUGGGAUGAUAAGUAUGGCACUCACAGUCUGAGUCAAGAUGUUAUUGCAAACAUGAGAGUAUUGAUGACUGAAGAUUCAAAUAGCUCUCGAGGAAAUUCUUUCUUGUUGGAUGAUGACUCAAGCAUACCAUUUUCUGUGGAGGACAUAUCCAAGUCAAUGCGAGAGACAGAUUUAUCAGAUAUCAAUCCUCCUCCUCAGCUUCUUGAUAACUCAGCAUUUCAGUUUUUAUUAACAAAUGCUGAAUAGUCUGGGAGGUUUCAAUUUUUGAAUUUUUUUCGCUCCCCGAUUGGCAUAAUUGUCAGUUCACCUGUGGUGUCAGUUGUACUUUUAGCCUAUUCUUGUCUCAGAGCAGCCAGGUAUAGCUGUGAGGAGAACGAUUCCCACCAAACUCAUUGAUUCAUUUUUUGUUUACCAUAUGAGAUAUAAUUCUUAUGUAAUUAUCUGGUUUUUGAUUGUUGCUUCCCCUUGAAGGCUUUAUUUAUUGUGGUCUGCAAGGGCAGAUCCUCAAAAAAAAUUGUACAGAAGAAAAACUUCUUCUGAGCCCCAGUUUGCUUGCCUGUGAAAGUUUCUACAGCUUCUGCAAGCUUAUGUCAAUAAUAUUGUUUCCGUGUAGAUGCAGCUGUAUUGUGCUGCAUUCAUUUACAAGGAAGAUUCCUCGGCAGCUUGCUUUUGCCACCUAAAGGUUCGGGAUGUAUUCGGAUCCAAUCAUAGCAUUCUUUUUAGUAUUAGAUAUGUAUACACAGUAUUUGAAAUUGUUGGGAGGCACCAUUGGCCUCCCAGAAUGUAAUAUUUACGCAUUUAUUGUGUCCAUUGUAUAAAAGUUGAAAGGAUUUUUGUAGCGUGUCCACCACGAUUGUGGUAAGACAACAGAGGGUUGGGUAAACAUUGGUUAACGUCCAGUCCUGUUGUGUUGUGUUCUGCAGUCUGGUUGAAAUGUAAAAUUCUAUUUUCUUGAGGUUAUAGAAGAACAAGUUAAAGUUUUUGUAAA